AUGCGAUGUUUGCUGUCGCGUCCUUUUACUGUCGCUUUGUCACGUACAGAGUUGCUCGCUAACAUCAUCGCCUCUAGCCUGGUAUCCUUUACUCAGCUUCAAAGGCAAAUCAUCGAUCUUGCUACAACCCAUUUCGUUCACCUUCCAGUAAGGCCGCCGCCGGAGGAUCUUGCGCAGGUGCCGUCCAACCUACCGUCCUUCCUUGGUGAUAGCAUUGCCUCCAGACAAGUCCGAACCGCAUACAUCGCCCACACUGUAUCGAAGCUCAUUACUUUCCGUGUCUUUGGCCCUUUCUUGUUCAGUCUUGGGCGCCGCUACGACAAAGCCGACUCGCUGUUCUCCUCGAUGAGCCACCACAUUCGCGAGAAGAGCACGCGCAAAGAAGCGAUCUGGCGACAACAAACACUCCUUGCUGCAUUCACCAGCACAGGCGCGAAGCAGCGCAUCAAUACUGCUGCCGGCACCGUUGUCGAAGAGAUUGUCAACGCUAUCCGACACUUUGCUGAUCCAAAAGAGGAGGAAGGCAUCAAAAUCGCUGUGAAGCGCAUCGUAAAGGUCGCCGCGGAGACAUGGAGAUUUGCUCGUCUCGAGCGCGAGAUGAUCACCGCCGUCAUGCCUGCGCUGCACGACGAGGAGCACCAAUUUACCAGCAGUCAGUUCUGGCCAGCUUACAGCCCAGAAACAGGCUCAGCGUCGGAUGAGCCACCUCCUCCUGAUUCGCAACGACAACUGUUACUCAGAAUCUUCCCGGUCGUAUACCGAGAAUCGAAGCACGAGAUCUUCCAGAACAACGAAGAGCAGCGUGACGAAGGCUGCAUUCUCCACCAUGGGCUGGCUCUGUACGAUGAUGCAGAGCCAGUCGUGACGAGAAUAGAGGAGCUCAAAUCUGCUGGUUUGCCUCCCCAUACCACUGCAUUAACGAGUCCGACUGACGAGGGCAAGUUUCCGCCGCCGGCUUGCCCGCCUCCUCGCGACCCGAUACCACCUCCCCCCUCUCCCCCCGCCCCUCGAUCUCCGACGAAAGCCGAGACGAAUACGGAUGAGGAAUCUCCGGUGUCACGUCCGAUGUCACCAGAGAAGCCAGAGAAGCCCAAGAAGCUAUCGGCUAUCGAGCGAGCGUUGAACCUCUUCUCUGCUCCUUCCUCGGAUGACAGGAUGAAGCCUCCACCUCCAGGCUCUACCUUUUCACGUCCGCCGGCGCCUCCGACGUCCGUGUUCACGUCGCCCAGGAACUUCAUUGGCAUGCCCGUGGAGAGUUUGGCUCCCUCACAUGCCCCGAGUGCAAGGAAGAAGCCUCCACCACCACCGCCGAAACCUGCGUCGAAACCUGACAUACCUUCAACGGCUGCGGAGAUAGCAGAAGCCAUACGCCAUCGGCAGUCUGUGGAGAGCGCGAUCCUACCGCCGUCCUUCUCGCGAACUACGACUGAUGACACUAUCCACGAGCAUCCCGAUUCGCGAGCUCCUACGCCGGUAGACACGGUGUCUCACAUGUUUGAUGCCAUCGAUGAGAUCGAAACGCUGGUGCCUCAACAGAAGAGUGACCGCUCGGAUAAAACCGAGCGCGAAAAGGCUCGUUAUGUGUACGAGACGCGUGGUGCUGCUAUGAAAGCUUUAUAUCCUAACACUCCGGUGAAGAGCUCUCAUGGCAGCGCUAGACACUCCGAGAAGAGUGUGAAGAGCGAGAGAAGGAAGGAAAGAGGCAGCAAGGACUCAACCAAGGAAUCGAACUUGACGAGAGAAUCCCGAGAGUCGAGAGAGGCGAAGAGAGAAUCCCGAGAAGUCAAGAGACAAAGGAGUAUCUCUGAUGCUGGCACUUGGGAUACCAACAGCAUCAUGACUCACGACUUUGCGCCUACAACCAUCACGACCAACGCACCCUAUCCUUUCAUGUACGACUCAAGACGAGACUCGAAAGAGUUGAAGCGAGAGUCCAGAGAGAUACGGCGGCAACGCAGCAUCUCUGACGCUGGCACCUGGGACACGAGCACUGAGAUCAGUCAGCGUCCUCCACCAACCACGGUCUCGACCAACGUUCCUUACCCUACAGGAAUGCCUUGGGAGCUGAAGCGAUCACGAAGCAUUUCCGACUGCGGUACCUGGGACACCAGCAGUGAGGUCACUCAACGUGCGCCUCCCACUACCGUAUCAACCAAUGUGCCCUACCCUAUGGAACAACACGUGGACGAGUCGGAACGAUGGUCCAUGCCACCACCUCGCAACUCAAUGAGGAUGGAGGUCUCCGACGAUGAAGUAUCUGACACUGGGACCUGGGAUACCAACACUGAGAUCAAUACCCACCGUGCUCCCCCUACGACCGUGUCUACGAACGUGCCCUAUCCUUCCUACAACGCUCCUUCUACAAUUAUCUCUACCAACACCCCUCGUUUCACACAGCCUCCUCGACAGCUACGACGACCCAGCGUGUCCGACGAUGACGCGUCUGAUGAUGACGUCUCCGACACUGGGACGUGGGACACCAACACCGAGAUCACUACUCAUCGCGCGCCUCCCACGACGGUCUCCACCAACGUCCCCUACUCAAGCAUAAUGCACCGCCAGCUGAGAAGGCUGAGCGGCAGCGAUACUGGGACAUGGGACACCGCCAGUGAGGUCACUCAGCGUGCGCCUCCCACAACUGUAUCCACCAACGUCCCCUACCCCUCCGCGCAAUUCAGCGACCUUGGCCCAUCGAGCUACCCACCCGGCCCCUUCGAGCAGCUCAAGCGAGUCGAGCAACUCCGAAAGCAGCACGAGCACCACAGUUUCUCUGACGACGGAUCUGACUCUGGCACCUGGGAUACAAGCAGUGUCCCAGAACAAGUCCUACCACCGUUCUGA